CAUAACAUAACAUCUUAUGACAUCUAAAUUGUAUUUCAUUUCAAUGCAAUCGGGAAAAUUCCGUUUUAUUUGCUUUGUGUGAGAAAUCCUCUUUAUUUGAACCAUGUGGCUGAUUCUAUUUUUCGUAGCUGUGAAAACGUGUUGUAUUUAUUUAGUCUCUCACCCUUACAACGAAGAUUAUCAAGUAUCAAGAAUACCGUAAGUCAUCAAGGGUGUCAAGGGUAUUUACCCAGCCCUCUUGCAAAGUUUUCCAGUGUUCCAACAUUGAAGAUUUUCAGAGUCGUAUCAUCGAAUGAACUUCAUGCGAAAAUAGUCAGGUCACUAAGCGCAGUUUAGAUUUUUGCAUGACGUAAAAAAACUGUCUGCCUAAUAACCUACUUGCCUUUUGAAGGCAACCUCAUGUGAGGGACUUAAUCUUUCAAUUCAGAUUGCUGAAAUGUUUUCCACAGCAAAGAAAGUUUUCUAAAAACGCACAGUAUAUAAGAGGUGGGACAGCAGUGGAGUAAGGGAAAGAGGGCGUUCCUUAUCACAUGCUAAAGCUUGUUCAGUCACCCCCGUUAACUUUGUGAGCCUACAUACAUACAUACAUAUAUAAACUUUAUUUAUCCUCGGAUUUUAGUGUAGCUUACAUAGCUAGUAUCUCCGAUCCUAACUAAUUUUAAAAGUUACAACAUAUAUAAUAUAAUAUUAAUUAAUGUAGUAUUAACUAAAACUGUGCACUAACAAUUUGCGCUUAAAUUCACUAUAAUCUACAUUCUUUCCAAAGUGAUCAGGUAGAGAAUUCCAGUACUUAACAGAUGAAUAGCUAAAGGAAUUUAGACCAUAUGUGGUUGUAGACGGCUUAGGAAGUGAUAAAAUAUUAGUACCCCGUAGGGAGUAAGCAGUAGAUCUUAACUUGAUCAGUUGUUUUAAAUAGCACGGAUAUUUACCAAAAUGGAGACAUUUGAAUAUACAAAUCAUCAUAUUUUGUAUCCUCCUGUUGGCUAAACCACACACACCAGCCUUGUCUAGAAGAGCAUCAUAGUUCGAGUCCCAUUCCUUUAAAACAAAUCUUAAAAUACGUCUAUUUAAGGUGUCCAGUUUGACAGAAUCUUCUGAAUUACAAAAGUGCCAUAUCAUUGAACAGUAGUGAAAAUGGGGUAAGAUAAACGCUUUAUAAAGGCGAAGCAUAAUUUCGGAUGAGAUAAGUUUGCCAAAUCUUUUGAAGACACUGAACUGAUUAUUUAUUUUUUUGCAUACAGAGGAUAUGUGAUCCUUGAAAUUAAGUUCAUUGUCUAGAGAUAUUCCAAAAAGAUCCAGGCAUCUUGUGGUUAAAAAGGAGAAAGGGUAAUCGGUUUUGCCAAGAACCAUCCCUUGAUGUUUAGCAGGGUUUGCUUUCAUCCCAUUGUCUUCGAACCAUUUAUUUGCUAUUUGUACAUCAUGAUUGAUCCGCCGUUCCAAGGCCACUGGGUCUACAUCAGAUGAGUGCAGUUGGCAGUCAUCGGCAUAAGUGUUUAAUUUUACAGACUUAAUGUGAAAGAUGAGGUCGUUGAGGAACAUGUUGAAAAACAUGGGCCCCAGGAUGCUGCCUUGAGGCACGCCCCGCUUCACACUCAUCCAAUCCGAAUAAGUAUCACCAAAUUUCACUCGCUGCCUUCUAUCCGUCAAGUAGUCACCGAUAAGGGCGCAGCUGGAUUCGUGCAAGCCAUACGCUUUCAGUUUUGCUAAUAGCAAAGCAUGAGGUAUGGUGUCGAAAGUCUUUGACAAAUCCAUUGAUAUAACCGCCACGAUCUCUUUAUUGUCUAGACUGCGCCUCCAGUCCUCAGUCAGCCUAAGUAAAGAUGUCUCACAGCUAUGGUGCCUCCUGUAGGCAGAUAUGUAUUCAGACAAUAUGUUCUGGUAAAAGUCGCCCAUUUGAGCUGAAAGUAGCCUCUCAAAAACGUUAUUGAGCGCAGGUAAUACGGUCACUGGUCGAUAAUUGCUUUUGUUUAGUUCAUCGUCCUUUUUAAAUAAAGGAGUAACUUGACCUAAUUUCAAGCGCGACGGAUACUGUCCUGUCCUAAUCGAGUGAUUCAUUAUUGCACCUAUAGGACCAGCAAUCGCGUUGGCAGACUCUUUUAACAGUCGCGGUGGUAUUCCGUCAUAACCACAGGAUUUACGGGAGUUGAUUUUGAGUAACAAAGCUUACACUUGGGUUUUAUUAGUAUAUUGAAAAGCAAAAUUGUUUCUCGCAGCGAUCUGCUCAUUGUUAUUAAAAAUCGCCUGAAUGCUAGGAUGUGCAUCAAACCCUUUUCCAUAAAUCUGUUCAGUAAUCUCUGGCACGCCGUCCGCGAUGUUCACGAAAUAACUAUUAAAAAGCUCCGCUAUUUGUUUCUUGUCUGUUAUUACGACAUCGUGUUCUUUUAGUAUCAUGUCAUUAGCUUGCGUACUUUUCUUUGAAUGCAAAAAUGGGCGGUAUGUGUCCCAAAACUCCCUUGGGUUUUCCGACUCACUUUUCUUGUCAAAGAAAGUUUUAAUAGCU